ACAUCCAAUGGGCAUGCAGCGCGCGCAGAAGUCCGGGGCUGGCAAGCGCAGCCUGUGCAGGGCGGAGGCGACCUGCAGUUUGUGGCGCUGUGAUGGUCUAGAGGCUGGAGAUUCAAGAUCUGGGUGCCAUCAUUUUCUGGUUCUGUUGAUGACCCUCUUCCAGGUUACAUACAGCUCACAUCUUGCAUCCUCAAGUGUUUUUCUUAUAAGGCUAAAAAUUCACAAAGCAUAUAUCAAUGAAUCAGCAAGAUCUAGAUCCGGAUAGUACUACAGAUGUGGGAGAUGUUACAAAUACUGAAGAAGAACUUAUUAGAGAAUGUGAAGAAAUGUGGAAAGAUAUGGAAGAAUGUCAGAAUAAAUUGUCACUUAUUGGAACUGAAACACUCACCGAUUCAAAUGCUCAGCUAUCAUUAUUAAUUAUGCAAGUAAAAUGUUUAACUGCUGAACUCAGUCAAUGGCAGAAAAAAACACCUGAAACAAUUCCCUUGACUGAAGACGUUCUCAUAACAUUAGGAAAAGAAGAGUUCCAAAAGCUGAGACAAGAUCUUGAAAUGGUACUGUCCACUAUGGAGUCAAAGAAUGAAAAGUUAAAGGAAGACUUAGAAAGGGAACAACGGUGGUUGGAUGAACAGCAACAGAUAAUGGAAUCUCUUAAUGUACUACACAGUGAAUUGAAAAAUAAGGUUGAAACAUUUUCUGAAUCAAGAAUCUUUAAUGAGCUGAAAACUAAAAUGCUCAAUGUAAAAGAAUAUAAGGAGAAACUCUUGAGUACCUUGGGCGAGUUUCUAGAAGACCAUUUUCCUCUGCCUGAUAGAAGUGUUAAAAAGAAAAAGAAAAACAUUCAAGAAUCAUCUGUAAACCUGAUAACACUGCAUGAAAUGUUCGAGCAUCUUUCAGUUAAAAAUUUGGCCUGACAAUUCAGAGAUACGGAGUCUAAUCCAAGAUCCACCCCUGAUUAUGUGCCCCUGAGGAAUCUCUUAACUCUUCUGAGUUUUAGUUUUGUAAUUUGUGAAGGCACUGGAAGGUAGCUGAGGAGGCAAAAUAACAAUUGAUCUACAUUUAGCGUUUUUCACUGUAUUUCAUAACAUUAGUAUUCAAACAAUUGUAAAUAUUUGUUUCUUGAAAAAACUUUUAUAAUAGCAGUGGAUUUGGGAAAGAAUAGCUGAUUCUCAAUUCACAUUAGCCAGCUUUCCCAAGCUUGUUUGAUCACAGAACCUUGUUUUUCAGGAACUAAGAACAUCUUUAGGGAGACUAAUUCUAUGGAAUGCAGUUUGGAAAAUGCUAGCCUAUAUAAUUUAAUAUAAAUACUCAAAACUCAAUUUGUGGUUGUAAUUCCACAAUAUCCUUAAUGAAGAUCAGGGAUACUCAGGAUGAAGCUGAAGGAAGUGAUGAUGACAAAAUUGACUCUUGCAAAGAUUUAUCAGAAGAAUAGGUGUUUUUUGGGGGACAGGACCAGUUAUUUUUCCUUCAAAUAUUAAGACACAAUUGCUCACUUUCUUUUUAACUUUUUGUGUUUUUUGUGAAAUAUUAAUUUUUUAAGAUUUUUGUCUUUAUCCUAAAGAAGAUAUUAAUCUCAAAAGAAGUGGGAGGAUUGUAAAUUAUUUCUAACCAAUUUUUAGGAAAUGUUUUUCUAAAUUAAAGAUGCAAAAAUUCACUUUAAAGCUUUUUUCAUUAGCUAAUACCCGUAGUCCUUUCAAAAAGGAAAUUCAAAUUUGUAGAUUAAAAGUAUUAAACAGUUGUUGAAAAAGAAAAGAGGUCAAUAUUCUUUGACAAAAAACUUUCUUAUAGCUAUAUUGACUUUUUCCCAAGUAAAGUAUAUUUUGAAUGAUAUUUUCUCCUAGAUUCUUAUAAAUAGAUUAUUUGAUGUUCCACAUGAUCCAUAUGUCAAAAUUAGUGAUUCCUUUUGGCCACCUUAUGUUGAGCUGCUGCUGCGUAAUGGAAUUGCCUUGAGACAUCCAGAAGAUCCAACCCGAAUAAGAUUAGAAGCUUUCCAUCAGUAAAAGGAUGUUUUCUUUUUUCACACAGUAAAAACUUAUCAUUCAAGGAUAUUGGAACCAUAGGACUAUUUGGAUAAAAAACAUUAUUUGCAAAUUAAUGCACAUAGGCCAUCUUACUUUUAUUGCAAAAUGGCAUGUGCUGCCACCUAUUAUUCAUUUUUAAAUGGUCCUUUCUUAUUCAGUGAGUGCUUUGGUGUUUUAAACUAUAUGGAUAAGAAUGCAAGUAGAUAAUAUUCUAGGCAUAAAACAUUUAAUGUACCUUACCUCAUGCAAUAUUCUUUGGAUUCUUUGUUGAUUUAUGAUAUUGCUAAUAUAAUAUUUUCUUAAAAUAUAUAACAAUAUCUUUUAUGCAUUUUGAGUUCCAGUUGGUGCUUCUUUAUAUUUAGAAAUUAUAAUGGGAAGGUCAUUUAAUUUGCAGAUGGUUUUAAAAUUGAGGUAAUAUCUGAUGUAGAAGGUGGCAUAAUUUAAAAAUAUUUAGCAAAUUUGUUUCAUAUGUACUGUCUUAUUUCUAGAUUUGUUUAAAAUUGGAAUAUGAAAAACUAAUGGAUAAAGCUAGCAUAAAAUUGAUAUUUUAGUUUGUAUUAUUAAUAUACCAUGUUACCUUAUAUAUUAAUCUACUCUUGAUUCUGCUAAUUAUUACCAACAAAAUUGUAUUCAUGACAUUUUAUUAAUCCUCUGAAUUUUCUGUAAAUAAAAUUAUUUCUGAAAAUCUCUA